AAAAUAUAAGACAUUUUAUCAUGUCAUAUUAUUCCAAUAUUUUAUACUCUAGUUUUAUAACUUAGACUGCAUAUAUUACAGAUGAAAGAGAUCAACACAAGAAUACCUAUGACUACAGCAGAAGCAGUGAAAGUUGGCAGUUCUCGCCGUCAUCACCGCUUGAACAAAAGCGACAAAGUGUCAUACAAGAAAUAAUAGCCACUGAGGCUACCUAUCUUAAGGAACUUCUUCUAGUUGAACAGGCAUUCAUCAGUCCUAUGAGAGCUUCUGGCAUCAUCACUGAGAAACAACUGGACCUGUUGUUUGCUAAUUGGAAUGAACUGAUCCUGGUUAAUUCAUAUUUUAAUAAAGCACUCAAAGUUCGUCGUAUGAAUAGUAGCGGAGGUGUUAUUACUAUGAUUGCUGAUGUCUUGUGUCAGCAGAUAAGUCAGUUAACACCGUACUUGAGGUUCUGCAGUAUACAGAUACGAGGAGCAACUUUACUAGGUGAAAAGUGUGCUGCAGGAGGUGCAUGGGCAGACCUAGUGAAGCAUUGCCAGGAACAUCCUGCUGUCCAAGGACUGACUCUUACAGCCUUUCUUCUGAAGCCCAUGCAGAGAAUAACCAGAUACCCUUUAUUAAUAAAACAGUUAUUGAAGUAUACUCCUGAGGGUCACCCUGACAACUUUAACACUCAAGAAGCAUUAUCAGCAUCAGAAACUCUGUGUGCACAAACAUACAUAUAUUAA